AUGCUUGGAGGAGCUAGGCUGCUCUUGCGAAGGAUGUCGACGGUUGCGAAGGAUCAGAAUUGCAUCUUUUGCAAGAUCAUCGAUGGCAAGAUACCGAGCAUGAAACUUGCGGAGACGGAGAAGACAUUGGCAUUCAUGGACAUCGGACCGAUCGCCAAGGGUCAUUCUCUAGUCAUCCCAAAGUAUCAUGCUGCCAAGUUGCACGAGCUGCCGGAUGAGCACAUGGCGGAGAUCCUGCCUCUAGCAGGCAAGAUCGCUCGUGCACUUGGCUGCCAGGACUACAAUGUCUUGCAAAACAACGGCAGAAUUGCACAUCAGAUGGUGGAUCACGUCCACUUUCACAUCAUUCCCAAGCCAAACGAUACAGAGGGUCUCGGCAUUGGCUGGCCAACGCAGGAGGCAGACAAGGAAGAGCUCAAAGCAUACUGCGACAAAGUCAAGGAGAAGCUAUAA